AGUCGAUGACUGUCAUUUGAGCAUCAAGUUUUUAAAACUGUAAAUCUCUGAAGGUGCUCGGAAUGGCUCCUGGCAUGUUGUGUUGGUGCCUGACACUGAAGAAUACUGGGAAUCAGUUGAGCAUGUGACCCUGACAGUAAAAAGAUCCUAUCAGAGAAUAACACGAGGAUGGUUUGGGGCACUUGGGAGACUGGACUGCAGAGACAGCCCAGCUGUGAAACCUGGCUUUGCCAGGUCAGAUGACCUAGGCAGACCUCUGUUCCUGCUUCUGUGACUCAAAGGCAACAAAUAGCCUGCAAGUCAGUGACCUCAGAGGUCUCACACACAGGCGUUAGGAAACUCAGCAGUGCAGCAGGAAGCACACUGACUCCAUAGGAAGCCCGGAGAAGCAGGAUCAGGGAGUUCAUCUUCCCUGACAGCCCAGGGAGAGCUGGGACUCUGUAACCUCUGGUGCUUAGGGUGGGAUUCAGUUAUUCAGAAACACAGCUGAUGUCAGCCAUAGACGUCAGAGCUCUUUGAAAGGACUCCACACACUGGUGGCACAUUACUGUCUUUUGACAGUGAACACCUACCUCUUCAUGGUGCAGGCUCAAGGCAUCCUGCUGCGGGACAAUGUGAGGACCAUAGGUGCCCAGGUGUACGAGCAGGUGGUCCGCAGCGCCUAUGCCAAGAGGAACAGCAGCCUGAAUGACUCAGAUUAUCCUCUGGACUUGAACCACAGUGAAGCCUUUCCCCCAACCACGACCUUUCUUCCUGAAGAUUUCACCUACUUUGCCAACCACCCUUGCCCAGAGAGGCUCCCUUCCAUGAAGGGCCCGAUAGAUAUAAACAUGAGUGAGAUCGGAAUGGACGAUAUUCACGAGCUGUUCUCCAGAGACCCGGCCAUUAAGCUUGGAGGGCACUGGAAGCCUGCAGACUGUGUGCCGCGGUGGAAGGUGGCUAUCCUCAUCCCCUUUCGGAACCGCCAUGAGCACCUCCCGGUCCUCCUGAGACACCUGCUCCCCAUGCUUCAGCGCCAGCGCCUGCAGUUCGCCUUCUAUGUGAUCGAGCAAGUUGGCACCCAGCCCUUUAACCGAGCCAUGCUUUUCAACGUUGGUUUUCAAGAAGCCAUGAAGGACUUGGAUUGGGACUGUCUGAUCUUCCAUGACGUUGAUCACAUACCUGAGAGUGACCGAAACUACUAUGGCUGCGGGCAGAUGCCCAGGCACUUUGCAACCAAGCUGGACAAGUACAUGUACCUGCUGCCCUACACAGAGUUUUUUGGUGGUGUGAGCGGCCUGACUGUAGAACAGUUUCGGAAAAUCAAUGGCUUUCCUAAUGCUUUCUGGGGCUGGGGCGGAGAAGAUGACGACUUGUGGAACAGGGUACAAAAUGCAGGCUAUUCUGUGAGCCGGCCAGAAGGGGACACAGGAAAAUACAAGUCCAUUCCUCACCACCAUCGAGGAGAGGUCCAGUUUCUUGGCAGGUACGCUCUGCUGAGGAAGUCAAAGGAGCGGCAAGGACUGGAUGGCCUCAACAACCUGAACUACUCUGCGAAUGUCACAUACGACGCCUUGUAUAAAAACAUAACUGUCAACUUGACACCCGAGCUGGCUCAGGUGACUGAGUACUGAGAUGCGAAGAGAAGCCGCACUCGCCUACCCACCGCUCCCUUGGACGGGCUGUGACCCGCCAUCCUGGGGGUCAACACAGGAGGACAGAAGAGAGUGGAGCACAGGACCAUAGGGUUCCAGAAAACUGUCACAGAGCACACGCACAAAGGCCUUCGCUGUAGGGCCCAACAGGGACAGGAGACUUGAGGACACCUGUCAUCAGCACUGGCGUCUAUUCCACAAGACAGAUGUCUGCCCUGCCACUCCCUUCCAUCCCUCCCCAGGUCCUGUCUCAGCUGCAACCCAUAGAACUGCAGGGCCAGGCUAGGUGCCCCUUGGAUAGAUGGAUGGCCAAGCCCACAGGUCAGCCCCCUGGCCUGAAGGCCCGUCUCUGCAUCUCUCCAGUUCUCUUUGGUUUUCAUUUGGCUUAGUUUAGGGGGUUUGGUUUUGUUUUGUUUCUUGGUUU